AUGUCGGUGAGCAGCAACACGUCGAUUUUCAAAUACAAAUGGCAUUCUCACCUUAAUUUUGAAUGGAAAAAGCGCCAACGCGUGAGUGUACUCCGCGUCCGAGAUCGGUGUGAUUGUGAACUGACUGAAAAAGACCUCGCGUGGGGACAAAGACGUUGCUUCCAGUUUCGACAUGCAAUUCACACAGUCGUAGAGGAAGACGCCCUUCCCGCGCGCCAAGGCAAAGAGCGCAUCGUUGGGAAACGCUGCCCGAUGUGUGAGCAUGACAAAAUGGCUUCUGAUGAUGAUAGUUACCCGUUGCAUGAAGCAGUGUUUCAAGGGGACGUCAGAAAAUUAUCGUCACUUUUGAGAUCUCAUGAUGUGGGAAGAAAAGACAAGCAUGGCAAUACUCCUCUUCAUUUGGCUGUUAUGUUAGGACGAAAAGAAUGUGUUCACCUUCUGUUGGCGCAUGGUGCUCCAGUGAAAGUGAAAAAUCUUGCUGGCUGGAGUCCACUUGCUGAAGCAAUUAGUUAUGGUGACAGACAAACAAUUUCAUCGCUUGUACGGAAACUGAAGGAACAAGCACGAGAACAAAUGGAAGAAAGAAGACCUAAUCUAGUGAAUGCUCUUAACCAGAUGGGUGAUUUUUACAUGAAGCUCAAGUGGGAUUUUCAAAGUUGGGUUCCAUUAGUGUCAAGAAUUCUACCAUCUGAUAUUUGUUAUAUUCAUAAACGGGGGUCUUCAAUUCGUCUUGAUACAACAUUGGUUGACUUCAAUGACAUGAGAUGGGAGAGAGGAGAUAUAACUUUCUUAUUUAAUGGUGAUAGGAAACCAAGUCAAUCACUCACAGUUCUUGAUAACAAAGCAGAAUUGUACCAGCGAGUUCGUUAUGAGGAAACAGAGGUUGAAAUUGAAGAUGAAGUUGACAUUUUAAUGAGUAGUGACAUCAUGGCAGCACAGAUGUCCACCAAAUCUAUUACUUUCACACGUGCUCAGACUGGUUGGUUCUUUAGAGAAGACAAGAAGGAAAUGGUUGGAUCAUUCCAUUCUGAAUUUUAUGUUAUCAAUGGAAUGCUUCUGGAAUCCCGUAAAAGACGAGAACAUCUUUCAGAGGAGGAUUUACAGAAGAACAAGGCUAUAAUGGAAAGUUUUACUAAAGGCAGAACUCAGGGAUUUGAUAGCAGUGAGCCUGUUCGAAGAUCAUCCUUAACUCCACCACCUGAAUGUAAAGUAACAUGGCAAGAAUACAUUCAGAGUGAUUGUGGAGCUCAUCCUCCUCUUGGGAGAGAACUUGUGUAUAAAGAAACCAACAAAACAUUUAAAGCCACAGUUGCUAUGAGUCCUGAUUUCCCAUUGUCUGUAGAUAUGUUACUGAAUGUACUGGAAGUAAUUGCUCCCUUCAAACAUUUUAGCAAAUUACGAGAAUUUGUGCUCAUGAAGCUUCCACCUGGAUUCCCUGUAAAAAUAGAUAUUCCCAUUCUUCCUACAGUUACUGCAAAGAUAACAUUCCAGGAAUUUGCUUUUCGAAAUGAUAUAAAGUCCGAACUCUUUGAAAUACCAUCAUACUAUGAAGAAGAUCCUACAAGGUUUCCUGACUUAUGACGUUUUGAUUUGGUCAUGUUAUAUGGUAUUCAGACUAAUUGCCUGCUAGUCAGAGUUUCUAGUAAGAACUGUAAUGCUCAUGGUUGGCCAAAUGUGUUCCAGCCCCUUCACAUCGUGUGGAAUGUUAUGUGCAUUACAGCUCUAAUUCUCAAUUCCGGCCCACAAGUCAGCACAGCACUCUUGAAGUUUGCUGCUUAGUUCAUCAAUGAGAAAACUGUGGAACAAUCCUGUGUAUGCAUAUUUUCUGUAUAGUUGGGUUAUUUGCUUUUAGACCUCUUUCAUACACACCCACCAGAUUAUAUAAGAACUUGUAAACUGUGAUUAGGGUUGAACUUUUGUUCCUUUGUUUUUUGAAAUGGUUCCUUUGUAUGACUACUUAAAAUCAAACCAAAAGAUAGAGUGAAGGUUAUUCAGUAAUAUUUCUGCACUUUUCGCAGUUAGAUUUGUGUGUUUUUAAGAUGCUCAUCCUUUUAUCUCUACUGUGACGUGCAUAAAAAUAUUUUGAUAUAGGUUAAGGUUAUGUCUAAGGGUUGCUUGUAACCCUUUUAAUGCAAGCUUUUUUCUCACUCUCUGUUUUUGUGUUACGAAUUACGAUUGAUUUACAAAUGAAGACUGGAAUUCUGAAACUACUAAAUGCGGAAAGUCCUACUUGCAAUUUAUUGAUAAAUAUAUUUUAAUUAAUUAUCAGGAAACCUUGUAUAAGUAGCUAUGUCAUUAACACUUCUGUAACAUUUUGAAGUAUAUUAUGAUGACUUUGCUACAUGUAUUAGAAUCCCUUAAAUUAAUUAAAGCAUGUUUUCUCAAUAUAUAGCCUGCACCACUCUGUACACUUUUGAAAAUGUUGGUAUUCUAAUAAAAACGCAAUACUCUAGUACGGUAUUGUGUUAAUGGUACAAAAUGUGAAACCGACUUUUUUAUUUCUUAUUUUGUUGCUUUUUCUUUAUAAAAUUUAUUGCUCUUGAAUAUGAUUUUGAAUAUUAAUGGUGCUUUUUUAUGACUUAAUUUGCUGUAAAAUUUAUGAUUUGGCAUGUUACAAAGGAAGUAUUUGUUAAAUAAAUGUCGGCUUGCACAUAUACUAUUAGAAAUAAAUGUUUUAUAAUAAACUAGUUAUCUUCAGUCUUCCUGACUAGAAAAUUCAAUCAAUUAAGCAAUGAUCCAAUAUUUGAAGAAGAGAUGAUAGAAAAUGCUCUGUUCAUGACUUAAUUACAUUUUACUACUAUACUUAUUCCAGACUGCUCUAUCCUUUGUGAACUCUAAAUUACUUUGAUUGCUCACCUCAGGUUCUAAUUUUCCUAACACGUUCUCCAUCAUGGUGUGGCUCUCUUGCAAACUACAGAACUAUGUUGUUUCUUCACUUCAGUUACUAGCUUCACUAGCUCUGCCAUAAAUACCAUCACUUCUGAUACCAGUCUGAUGUGGACUCUUUCAAGAAGUGCUUCUCCUGCAUUGCAUUGCGUUUCUCAGCUAGCUGCCUGCCCUUCAUUGCAUGUCAGUUUUGCAGCUUACGCUUUCUUUCUGGUGGGACCUUUUGUAGUUCUUCCACCUCCUCCUGCUAGUUCAAGUUGCCUAGCUUUCUCUCGCUCUACAGCUGCCCCUGUAGCUGUUGCUUCUGCAGGCGCAACUCUUGCAGCUCCCCUCACAUCUCCUUCAUCUUUUAUAAGACUUGGCACUGCGAGAAGAAUCACCUUUCCAUUGCUGCUACCUCAUCUUCCACUGUGUUUGUCCUUGAAGCCUGAAUGAAAUGCCACAGAUCGCGGGUCUGUAACCGCCACCACACUGCCAGGUAGAUGCACUGUGUGCAUUGUCAUGUUCACUAUGCACGUCACCGAAUGGGUGCACUGAAUGCACAAAAUGCCACAAGACUGCACUGCAUGCCGCAAAAACGCUCACACCCCCUUGUCAGGAUGGCAUACUUGCCUUCAUCUGGCAAGAAGUCUGGAAUAUAUGUGGUUGUAAAAUUAAAUAAUAAUGUUAAUCCGACCCAGACGUAAAUCAAUGUUUAAUUAUGUUCAUGAUGUUGGCAGCAAUGUUAUUACGUAAUAUAAAGACCAUUUACAAAAUUCAAGUUGAUCUUGGUCUUAAUACUGCAUUGCAAGUCCACAAUUUUAUACCUGGUGUAAAAAAAAAAUAUUUUUAUGCAGUGUGAAGUUGCAGAGAUUUUAGGAGUUGGUAUCAAAAUGAGACAUUGACAUAUAUAUUUGUGAAGGUAGGUUGGAUGUUUGUGUGUGCCCUAGUAAGAAUAAUAUGGGUUUGUGUGUGUCAUACGGAAUGACUUUAUUUCCUCAUCAAACUAUCCAUCAUAUACAGUGAAGUUCAUAUAAGAUAUUUUGAUGCAAUACUCUUAACUUGGUGCUCAUUGCUAAAGUGUGUUCAUCAUGGAACUCAAUAUUUUUUGACCUGGGCUGAAAUUGUUUUCAAUUUUCAGUAACUUGUUCCAGUGUGUUCUUUUACUGUUUUUAAAUGUGUGUGGAAUAUCUUCUAAUUACAAAAAGAAAAGAGAAAUAAAUAAAUAAAUUGCUUGGGAGCCAGUACUUACAUAUACUGUUUUCGCAGGAAAGAUUUUGUCUUUACUGUAAUCAUUAGGAUUUUUAACUUUAUCCUUCAUGUACCUAAUAGUCCAUUUCGAUUUCUAAUGUCUUACAGGUUCACUGUAUAUGAUUUGCGAAGCAGAGGAGUUUUGCUACUUAAAACUUGUAUUCUUCUGUUCAUAAUUUAAUUGCUAGUUUUCUGAUGCAUGUAUCUAAAGUAACUGAAAUGUUGUUUCGUUGUUCCAAUUGAAUGAUAAAUUUUAUGUUAAUACUGUUAUGUCUGGUCAACACUAUGUUUAUAAUGUUAUUUAUUUGUAAAAAGAAUGAUGCAAAAAUGUGAAUAGCAUAGAUGUUAAGUCGUUGGUUUAAGAGAAGACUAUCACACCUAAAAAAUGCUAUUUUUCUGUUUAUUCAACAUAACCCAAAAAGGUUAGUGUUUUUUUAUGCAAACUAUCACAAGUGUGUGAGCUGUCACGACAAAGUGUGCCUCCACCCCUCCAAUAUUACAUGUAUUCAAGAUUGAAUAAACUUUACUUUCGCUUGAAUACUGUGCUUGAGGAUGCAAUAUAUGUGUUUUUGUCAUAUCAGUAAGUAAGUGAAACACACAAAAAUGUAUUUAUAGAAAUUAAAAAAAAAAUACAAUUCAGUUUUAUUCAAACAUACUUUAAUGGACAAAUUUAUCUGCUUCUCUUUUGCAAUUCCAAGGCAAGGCUAUGACCUUAGACCUCCAAUAUUCUCGUGACUGGAAAAGGCAAAAUUACGGAUACACAUUUAUUCCCAAAAAAAUCCUACAGAUAUAUUCUUGCUCUCUUCACCCAUCUUGCUGAGCUUGCAAAUGAAGUGGCCAAGGUAAACUAACAUUCAAACAGAAGAUAUUUGCGGAUCUUUAAUCUCCUCUCCUGGAAAAUUACUUUUUUUUUUUGGGUUGUGAGAGUCUUCCAAAACAACUAAGUUUUUUUUUUUUUCCCUCUUCUAAUGAAUUGGGAGAAAUUCCAACAAUUUCCGAUUGCCUUGCACAACAGGUUGUGCAGAUGUUUUCAUUCUUCACCUGAUGAUAAAAAUAUAUUUCAAGUUAUUUGAUGAAUGCAUAUUACUUGCUAUCACAUUUUCUGAUAUUGUAGGUUUUGAUGCAAAUUGAAUGGUAGAAUUUGGAGUAUUAUCCUUCCUCUCGUGCUCAAUAUGUGCUUGUUGUACAUAAUAUGUUACAGCUCCUUUCAAUCUCACUCUCACUUCUUUCUACCACUUAAUUUAUCAUGCCUAAAACAUGCAAGUAUUGAAGCUCAACACACUCAUAAACUCAAUGUUUAACACAUUUUCAUAAUUCUUAAUUGUAAUUUCUUUGGUGGUGUUAUAAAACGGUUAAACCCACCGAAUCCAUGAUCGUUGUUAAAUAUGUUUCUCAGUAGAAUAUCAUUCAUGGGCCCCAAUACUGCUGCAACUCAAAAAAUGAGAAUAUUGUGUUACAACCAUUGUAUAACAAUUUUUAUGUAUUAUUAUUAUUAUUAACAGAACUGUUAUGAAGCCUUUUAAUAAUGCUUAACUCCACAAUCCUAUCAAUUAUUGUGUGUGCGAUAUCUGCAUUUCAAUCGUGAGUAAAAACUUUGAGUUGUGCCAGUAUUGUAUCCCGUGAACAAUAUGUUCCAUACAUUUUAGUGUUCCAAAUCUAAGCAGUGUUUGAUUUGCAAAGCUAUUCUGUAUUACAUUUUAAUAUAUGGCCCCAAAUGUGAUAUUAUUGAUUAAUUAUCUUCUAUGUACAUAUUCAUUUUAUCACAUCAGAAAGAGCAUUGUCAUAGUUAUAAAUGUACAAACAAGUACAAAAUAUUUGUAACAGUAUGGUCAGUAAAAUAUUUAUUAUUUUUAUUGUAAUUGAAGUUACAAAUAUGAAUUUUAAAACAACAUUAUUUGUACUUAAUAGCAUUUUAUUUUUAUGUUUUAGAAGAAGAAAAUGUUUUGUUAAUUGAAAGAAAUAUGAUAAUGAAAUAAUUGUAAUUCAUUGCAGUAACAUAUUUGCUUCAUUUUGAAUGUAUUUCAUGAAAAUGAUAAUUCAAUUUUUCCUUUCGCUGGAGAAAAUUUAUGAAACCUUAAAGCCAGCCAGUAUUAAUGUUGUUUUCCUCAAAUCAACUUUAACUUCACAUAUGAUACAUUCAAUUUGGUGUUUGAAACUAAUUGAAGAAUGAACCACGGUUAAAGAUGUGAAAGAUGAUAAUAGAGUAGAUGAUGUGUAAUGUUGCAAUCCGUUCAUGUAUGGAUGUGAGAGACCAUUUUCUUAUGACAUGAAUGAUAAAGAGCUCAGUUUGUAUUUUUUUUAAUAUUCUAAUGAAGGCCUCUUAAAAACUAGAAACAUUUGUAUACUUUCCCCUCCCACAGUUUAAUAGCUUUAUACAACUUGAGCUCUGUUUAAUACUGUUAAUUAGUUGUGUAUAUAAAUUUGAUUUGUAUGUCUGAGUAAUAAACUAUAGGAACAAAAUAUCAAUGAAAACUGUCAACAUUCUCUAUCAGGUACUUUGCAUGUACAGUUAAGAAGUUACUGUUAACUACUGAUCUGGCCAUAUCAUGCUAUUUUCUUGGAAUCAGUGAUGAAAUAUGUAAUUCAGAUGUCUUGCAGUUUUCUUGAUGUAGCCCUAUUAUGUUGAAACUUCCAGUAGGGAUUUGUAAAUUACAAUACAAAUCAUGAAUGUGUAAAUGAGUUGUAUGCAUCUUUAAUUUUACUGACAGGUUAAUGGUGCACAUGUGCUCCAAAUCUGAAGGUAGCUCGUGUGUGUAUCUGAGUAUUGUUUUCUUUUAUACCAAAAAUGUACAUUUUUCAGGUUGCUAUAUUUCUUAUGUAGUUUACUUUGUUACCAAGUAGGUAAUAAUAAAUGAUAGACACAUUUCAGAUUAUUUCAUAUAGUUGUCUAUUAUUCAGUUUUCAUUGAAAUUGUAUUUAUUUCAUUGGCAAAG